AUGAAAAUAUCUCAUUUAUCUAAUUAUUCAUAUGAUGAAAUCGAAGAACUAUUGAAACGUGAAGGACUUGAUCAACGAUUUCAAUUAAGUUAUGAACAUGAUAAAAAAAUUGGUUCAACAUGUCAAGUUUAUUAUGCAUAUGAUUUAUUACACAAGGAUCAACGACUUGUUGCCCUAAAAUUUAUACGUACAGAUUUUAUUGAUAGUUUUGUUUCAUAUGAUGAUUUAUUAAAUUUACAACGAACAAAAAAUUGUUUAUAUAAACCUCAAACUGUUAUUUAUAAUCGUCGUUUAAAAAAUUUUGAUAAUUAUAUUCCUAUUGAACAAUAUAUAGGUGAAGUUGGACGUAUAUGUCCACAUUUACCAAUACCACGUUGUAUUGAAAAUGGUACAAAACAUCUUAAAACAUCUAAUGCUUAUUUAAUUGCAUUUGAAUAUAUUCAUGGACGAACUGUUUGGGAAAAUUUAGUUCGUACAGAUUUUAAAUUUUUAAAUGAAUAUCAAGCACGUACAUUUGUACGUUUAUUUAUUGAACAACUUUUAAUAUUAUUAAAACAUCAUAUUAUUCAUUGUGAUUUAAAUGGUUGUCAAAAUUAUUAUUAUAAAUUAUAUGAUGAAAUUGAUUCAUCAAAACAAAAUUAUGAACAAUGGUCAUCAAGUGAAGAUGGUGAAGAUGGAUAUUCAAGUAUGAGUGGUAAUAGUAGACAAUCAUCUAUGGAUGAUCUUGUUUCUUUAUCAUCUUCAUCACAAUUAACAUUUAUUGAUUUUGGUUGGUCAAUAUGUACAGCUGAUUCGGAUAAUGAUCGACAUGAAAUCUUAUUACAAACACUUCAAAGUUUAUUCGAACGAACUCCACGUAUUGUACAAUUAUUUGCUGGUCGUAAUUAUUGGGAUUUUCGUCGAGCCAUAGAAAGUCGAACACAAGGUCUAAAAGAAUUACUCGAUCAUCCAUGGUUAACACAAGGUGAUACAAUAAAUAAAAAUUAUUUGUAA